AUGGAGGUAACAUUUACGGAGAUUAUCAACGAUUCUAUUAACCCCUAUCGCGGAUACGCCGGACUGGAUGAUUAUAUCCGAAAAAUGAAAUUUCGAUGGGUAGAAGAUACCGGAGAAGCGGAUGGGAGUAUUGAGUCUAUAUCACGAGCAUUCUCGUCAUCUCCUCUACUUCCAGGUUCGAACCAUAGUUUAUGCCUGUAUAUUACGCCAGCAUCAAUGGGCUCUAUCUUAAACUCGCCCUCUCCUUCGUCCUGUAAGAGAAAAUAUAGAACUAGAAUUCCUUUUCUCGUUGCUGUCCCUAGAGAUGUCAGUAAACAUGACUACGAUACGAUCAACGGGGAUAUCGAGAGGGCUCCAUGGCGGGGCUUUUUUAACGUAGCUGUCGAAACACUACUCGAUUCUCUCUUCCCUAUUGUUGCGGAUGACUCAAUGUCCCCUUUUGAAAUUGGUGGGCGUGUCACCGGCGAUGACGUCUGGUGCGAUUGUACGAGAUGGGGGGUGCACAAGGCCGGCAUAGGAUACUGGGAUUCAAGGACGGGCCAGGCAGGCAGUGGACUGUAA